GAAGCCCGGCGGACUUUUUGUUUAUGUUUAAAAAGCAAUCAGCAGCAAAGUCAUGAUUAGCCCUGUUUGAAUCGAUUUGAACGUCAGUUUACGUGGUUAUGAAGGGUGGUUACCAAGAUUUUCCAGAGGCAAGUCUUACCAGUGGCUGAAGUUACCGUUUUUGAUCGAGUCUUCCUGUUCAUCUGAUAAUGUUUUCUUUGAAGACUAUGAUGGCCUCGAAGGCAACCAAGCAGACUUCAACUGCAGCAUCCAAGAUAAAAAAUAAGCUUCUCAAUACCUCGUCCUUCUUCAAGGUCUCUUUGAAGACCAACAACAAAGCCUUAGCUCUGGCCUUGCAAGCUCAGAGGAAGAGAAGCAGCCAGCUGGAGAUGGAGGUCAUGCACCUGCAGAAACAAGUGGACGCUCUCUGCUUUGAACUAGCCACCAAGAAAUACAAGCACAGAAAACUGCUCCUUAUCUUGAACAACUUCCGUAGUAAUGCUUUGCAGCACCUGGACAUGGUGGCAGACCUGUUCUCUGACAGCGAUUGUCAGAGCCUUUCAGGGGAUUGCCAGAUCUCGUCUGGUGACAUCGGAAGGGAAAAUCUUGCAGCUGGAAGUCAGUUACCGCUGCAGACAGAUGUUUCAAGGAAUUUGUGGUGUACCAGCAAAAACACAACAACUGGCCCGCUUGAAAUAAACAUCAAUGAGGACGUCUCCACUCUCCCGAAUACAUGUGAAAAGUCGACUGACGUUUGCAACGAUAACACAGAAGCUGAAAAAAGGCUGUCCAUCCAGUGCGCACAGACUGCCCACAUAGAAGCGUCUGGGCUGGCCAAUACUCCGAGCGAAGAGUUGGAGAAGUCCUCUCAGUCCCAGGCUGAUAUUCAUUCUGUCGUCUCUGUUCAGAACAGUCAGAGUUGUGAAAAAUCCACACAAUCCCUUUCUGGAGAUCAGAAUCUUCCCAGUGUCUCCUCCAUGGAAAGUGAAACACAGCUUGGCAAAAAUCAAGAGAAAACUGUUUUGCUCAAUGCAACCAUGGAGAUGACCUUAAGUGAAGCCACUGAGAUAGUCACUGUGGAAACAAAAGCGAAAAAAAAAGUCAGCUCUGGCAGAAAGGACAAGGAGCAAAGCUGCGGCUCAAGUAUAGAAGUGCAGAAGUCUGCAUCUUUGUUACAAUCACAUAAAAAGCCGCUGAAGGAUCAAAGUACUGUCACUCGCAUCCCUAAACUGGGCAAGCAUCAGAAGGUCAAAUCAAAGGAUAAAGUCAAAUCUUCUGACCGCACUAACAUCACAAAUGUAGACCAAAUGGAUGUGGAAGAUUACUUCUCUGAUCCUAAAAUUAGGUUUUCAAGCACCAGCAGAAGUGUGGCUGACGAAGCAAGUUCCAAAAUAACAUGCAGGAAGUCCAGAGCUAAAGGAAAGAGGGCCUCUUCAGUAACCAGGAAAAGUUUAUUCACUGUGCCGUCUGAUGAAAGUGAGAGCAGCCAAUCCCACCAGGAGAAGGUCCAAAAACCUAAAGCAGGAGAUGAAAGCUUAGAGUCUCAAGUCUCUGAGGACGCUCUGCUUUGUGCACAUCCAGAGUCCCAGCAUGCGGAGCGUCUGUCCUUUAGCAAAACUAAUACUGUGACUAAUUCUAGGGGAGGUCACAAAUCAAGAUGCAGGGAGACAUUUGUUAUCUCAAUAACCAGCGACAGUGACUCACCAGAGCAUGAUGUGGCGCCUCCUACAGGAUCCAGCUUUCAGGCAGAAGAAGCAGUCAUGAAUAAAAGCAUUGUUGGACAUGUAGAAUCAAGCAAUCGUUCAAAGACUCGGCGCUCUGGGAAGCGAUCCUGGGUGGCCACUCAGGACUCUGGGAACUGUCAAGAGGACUCGAGCAGCGGUGACAGUGGUGAAGCACUGCUGCUGGAUUGGCAGGCGGCUUUAGGAUCACAGUUUCAAAAACGUAAAAAAUCCAGGAGAGACAAAACAGGGCAGCCCUACAGGAACAAAGUGGUGCAGCGAGAAGAGGGUGAUGACUUGUUAGAUGACAAGACGAAGAAAAAAGACAACAAAGACUUAAGGUCUGAGAGUGAAACGUGUUAUCCUCCUGACCCUAGAGACGCCUCCGCUCUCUGCCUUGAUUCUGAAAUCGCUAAAGGUCAAUUACAUGAUUUACAAAUGCUCGACUCACAUUCUGCCAUCAGUGAAAAGCAUGAAAUCUUUGAACAUCUGAAUGAUUCGCAGUCCAGGAGGGAUUCGAGUCCCGCAUCAUCUAGAAAUGUAUUCAUGCUGAACACAGCCAUGGAAACCAGAUAUCCCAGGAAGACUUUUGUUGUCUACAGACGAAAAACUAAGAACAGAAGUGGAUGUAGUUCUGAAAACAUCACCAGGAUGUCGAACGCAUCAGACACCUGCAGUCACACGGUGGACACCAGCGAUCAGGCAGUUCAUCAGAAUGUGGGCGACCUGCUGAUGGAUGAGCUGCCGCCGUGGCUGGACGUGGAUAACAGCACAGCUCACAUCACUGUGGACUCUCUACUCGCCACUCCAAACAGGGAAACACCAGGCAGGCUCGCGACGAUUGGAACGGCUGAAGCCUCUCCAGGCAGAGUCUUAUCAACAGUAACCAACACUUUGACAACACCAGACUGUGAAAAUGGAGAGAGAAGCAGGAGACGGAGACCUGGGAAGGGUGCCGUGAGUUACAAGGAGCCGCCUCUCAACAGCAAAAUAAGGCGUGGAGAUAAAUUCACUGACACCACAUUCCUGAGUUCUCCUGUGUUUAAGGAUGGCCGGAAGAAAAAGAAGAAGACGACGACGACUGUCGACUGAUAAUUUGCCUUUUUUCCAUUUUACUGUUUUUAAAAAUUAUUUUAAACUGUUUUCUUAUUAAAGUUGUUUGCUAACAUAAUUUUUCUAAAUAUUAGACCGGAAAGUAUUGUGUGUUUUUAAGUGCUUUACAUUUCAGAUUAAAGUAGAAAUUUGAAGUA